AUGGCGCUCUCAUCUCAGCCGUUGACCCGGGAGACUGCCAAUCCCAACGCUGCGACAGCUGCCGCCUCGGCCUUUCUGAGGCGUGAAUCGACGCCAUCUCUGUCAUCGGCUGCUGCAGCUGCAGCUCUAAAGGCUCGACCUACAACCCCCACCAAUGUAUCGCAGGUGCAAUCGAAACGAGUUGCGCGGAGGAGCGCUUCCGUCUCGUCUACAGCAAGUCGGGACAGGAGGAGUCGGGAACUACAUCGAUCGCCAAGCGCGAGUUCUAUGACAGAACGGACCUUUCGAUCACCCUCACCUUCGCCAGCACGGGUCGCUGCCCCGCAAGCCCGUGAUGUUCCUCCAGUGCCCAAGAUUCCCCAGCAUGAGCACAACAAGACCAAUCCGAAGAGCUCGACUCACAAACGAGCAACAAGCUUGCAAACGCAACAUUUCCAAACUGCAAGCCAAAAGAUGAAAAACGGACAAACUCAAGGUUCAUGGUUUGGGGCAGCUACAGGGAACGAUUUGUCUAACGUACGUCGCGCCCCUGCGGCUGAUAAACGGGCAUCAGCAGAUUUACGGCCAAGCAGUCCGAACUCUAUCAAUUUCUCGUAUCCUCGCUCUUUGACAGAGUCUCCAAGCCCAUCAAGUAAUGCCAUGGUGUACGACCCCAAUUCGAGACGGAUGGUUCCUCAGGCACAAGUUUUGAUGAUAGAUCAGACUGUCCAUGAUGCAUCAGAGAAACCUGUUCGCAAGCAAAAGCACGAUGGAUCAAGGGCUGGCACUCACUUGUCCAAGGGAACUAUUGGGAGACUCAAGGGCACUGCAGUCGAGUCAGCCUCACCACCACCAAAGGCAGUCGCAAGCCCACAAAGCCCUUCGAAUACUUAUGCGGCGACGGCACAACAGCCUAGGCACCCAGAGGCCGACCUUGAAUCUGAGCCCGAAUCGGAUCCUGAGUCUGAGCCAGAGACCAAGCGUGAGGCGAAGCCUGAUCCCAGCUCCAACUCCAACCUGUCAACUGCGCAAACAUUGAUUCAACGAGAACAAGAACCAGAUGUCGAGGCGCCGAUACAUACGAACCAGACUAUUGCAAUCCCACCAGCAGUAACAAAAUCCGAAGCAUCGGUUAGAAAGCGCCCUUGUGUAGUGCAUGAAGACCCCGAACUAGAGGAGGAGGGACCACAAGAUGCUGCUCAUCCGGCGCCUGCCAACGAACACCCAAUGGAUGGAGUAGAUGCCAUCCCUGUGAAAUCAACCUCGCCAUCUCAACAGUCACCGGAAGCUGCACCAGUGCAAGGUCCCAGUGAGACUGUGCGCCGGAGCCGCGUGCAUUCUGAGAGUCCUGCCCGCAGCCCUGCCCGUACAACCCAUUUUGCUCCCAAGACCGAUCAGCUACUCGUUAGGCACGAGCCGCCUCCAAGGUCCUUGUCUCCACGAAAAUCCGCACUCAAGUACUCAAGUCCUCGGGAUGCAUCUCCCUCUGAAGAUGGCUCAGAUGCGUCUGCUGCCUGGUCAGGUAUGGCCGGGCGCGAGGAGACAGAACUCUCGCGGAAGAAGAGCGUCAGGGUGAGCUUUGAUGAUGGAAAUACGGCUGUUAUAGGGGAGUCUAUUCCAUCUUCAGAUACAGACUCACCGCAAAUAGCCAGCCCACAGUCAAGAAAAUCUUGGCAUAGCAUCAUUGGACGAAACAAAAGAGACUCAGUAACUCUGGACGAGGAUGAGACCAUGACCCCUCGUCCAGCUCUCCCCUCUUUUGGGAGUGUUCGCGAGAAGAAGGUCAGGGAGCCUGAAGAGCGACCUUUGGUUCGACCUAUGGAGAGAUCGGCUUCACCUCCAGCUACAGAUUUGUUGCCUUCAGAACCAAAUCACAAAAUUCCUGCCCAAGAUUUGGUGCAGUCAAGUGAUCUGGCUAUCGGGUCGGUCUUGGCACAGGAACAGGCCUCUCGCAACGAAGCUAAUACUUCCAGAUACCGGGAACCACUGCCCCCUGUGGUCACUUCUGUUGAUGGCCAAGGGUAUAUAAGCAAUAGUGACCUGAGCUCUGAUGAUGAAUCCGAAGCAGGGAUUUUAUCUAAAUCCCAAGCUUCUGCCGAGCCUGUGUCCGAGACCCAAACAACUAUUAGCAACCCUGGCAGCCCCUCUGAGAACAGCUCGGCGAAGUCAAGUCCAAGCGACAGCAUACCAACCAUUUCAAUAAUACAACCUAGUCCCCGAAUUCCCGAUGAAAAUCAGGCAGAGUCACCGCAGGACUUCUUCGAUGUUCCUGGGGGCUUCCCAGCCGGCCCGACUGAUGCUUCAAGCGAAAGGACUAUCUCCGAGGACGCCAAGGUAUCCUCAACAGAGCCUCGCCCAAGUCAAUCACCCAAAGGAGCUGAUCAGCCCGCACCAAUUGCAACUCGUCGAUCCUUUGAUUCCACCAGUGCUGUUUCUUCAAAUUCACAGAUGCAUGAUAUCCAGGAAGAGUCGGAAGAAUCGGAUGGGAGCAGCAUUUAUAGUGACGCCUAUGAGGAUCUCUCUGAUAUGGAAGGUGAUGGUUUCUUGUCCCUUGACGCUGUAGUCGACAGCCCCGUCGAAUCAUUGUUCUCUCAGAGGGUAUUUGAGAAGGCCAUCGCAAAAUCCAAGGAAACCAAUACGUCUCAGCAGUCCACGCCUACUAAAACUUCCUCGCAGAAACCUCUUGAAACACCCAGUGACUGGGAAACGGCAAAGGCUUAUUGGAGAAGUUUGAGCCCCAAGGAUAGACGCCAGCUCGAGAAGGAGGCCAUGGAGGAGUCUGACGAGGAGGACAUUCCGGCAGAAGCAACCAGACGCUCGAAACUCAAGACAAAGACUCAAGCGAAGCAAAAGCAGAAACUUGUUGAAGAGCAUGUGCAAGAGCCCCCGGGGACUUCGGAAAAAGCCCCUGUCUCAGAAACGCUUCGCAACUCAACUAGAAUCUACCAAAUUCAACCAGGUACUAGCUGGCCUCGCGGUGAGGUUGAGAAGCCUCUUGCUAAGACACCCGUUACAGAGAAAGUAAAGCAGACUGGAGGCGCCAAGCUGCGAAAAUCGAUGCGGGCUAGUGAGGCUUCAACAAUCAGUCAUUCUGAGCCCGUCCAUACCGGAGGAAUGCGCAAAUCUAUGAGAUCCGGCGCUGCUCCUUCGAGCCCUCAGAAUUCGCACGAUGGGCAUUUACGUAAAUCCCUUCGUCAAGAGCCUGAGGCUACUACUGGUGUUGCGAUGCGCAAGUCACUUAGGACCAAUGGUUCGGCGGCUAAUGGGCACAAUACUGCUUCUACUGAGGGAAAUGGUGGUCGGCCAACGUCUUAUCAGCCAGCGACCACGUCGGAAGCGGUCAAAUCGCAGCGUCGAGCACAUUCCGAAGACAGGGGCCCAACUAUGCGAUCUACGGCGAAGCCAACCCUUACACGCCGCGGAUCUGACUCGAGCGAAAGCAGCUUCCGACGUGCAAAGGCCGGCGGCGGCGAAGGCUUCGGCUUCCGCAGGACAAUGAGAGGAAGUACACGGGAACCGCCAGCGGCAGCACCUCCGCCAGAAAGCGCGAGGGGCAGCAGCCGAUUCAGCCUUCGGUCUCUGUCGCCUACUGGAUCAGCCUUUCGCCGCAAUUCCAACACUAGCUCUCCUCCUUCAGUUAUAUUGGGCGGUCAUAUGCGUCAGUCACUACGUACUGAGUCCAAUGAUGCAGGCUCCUCUCGAAUGCGGGUUUCUGGAUUUGGCCGCUCGUCCAAGGGGAAGAAAUCCAAGAGCGGCAGCCGCUUCGAUGAUUCGAGUGAUGAGGAUGAGGGCCGUCCAGCCUUCAGAAGUCGUUUCGUCGACUCAAGUGACGAGGACACUCCUUCACCACUACCCAAGCAGAAGCGUGUACCUAAAACAAUGCGUAGUUCUGCCUCAAACAAUGCUGCUGCCGCCGCUAUGAGGGUCCCGCCUGCUCGCGCAGGUGUCCAAGACUCUCCUGACCUUCCUGACAGCGAUGAUGAGGCAGAGCAACCUCGAGAGAAUCUUGCUUCCAAUGCGACGGCUAUCGCAGUUCCUCGAGCAACAUUAAAUCGAAGCGGAUCGGGACGAGACGCGAUUGCGCCGCAGGCUAACAGUGUCGAGAUAACAGGUGGACGGCCAGGUCACAAACGACGUGGCAGUUUCAUGUCGUCCAUUCUACGUCGCAAGAAGGACCCUGCUGACAAGAUCUCUCGAAGCACGAGUGAAAGCGCAUCGCGUCGGGACACGCACCUGGAACGAGGCCCUGAGCGACUCGCUUUUAUUCGAAGCAAUAGCGAGAGCCAGGCACAUGGCUCGCGUCUACACAAACGCGGAGCAAACUGGCCUCUCCAGGGCCAUCAGAACACUCAUGAAGAGGAGGAUCAGUUCGACGACGGCUCUCAAAAUACAUACGUCGUUGACGAAGAAAAGCGCCCCUCCACCGCUGGCGGUCUGGGUCCUGCUCCGUCCUCCCCAACAACAAAGACGGGCUUCCUCAAGCGUCGCAGUACUUCCCACAGCCAAAUUGGUGCUGCCAACCACGGCGUCUCAGCUUCAAUUGACGGCUCAGAGGUCGGCACGCCCAAAAAGAAGAAGUUUGGGACAUUGCGCAGGAUGUUCAAGCUUGAUGAUUAG